AUGCAACAGAAGAUGAAAGCUAUUGAAGAUGUGAUACUGCCAACUGAUGAUAAUGAAGCUCAAGGCAAAAGCUUAUGGAGAAAUGUUUCAAGAUUGGUUCUAGACGUUCAAAAUUUUACGACUUCCAAGAUGGCGCGUGUUAAUAAGCAAGCCGCAAUGGCUGACAUGAUUCAUGAAGGAAGAUGGACUGGUGUUUUUAAACAUUCACUUAAUGUAAAUGAAAAUCUUGGAUGGGAUCUUUUAACAAGAGAUUUGGGAGUUGUCCCUGUUUUGACUGAUGGGGAAGAUCAGGUGCAGAUUAUGGAUAAAUUCUCAACAAAAACUUGCUAUGAAGUUCUGGUUGGAAAUAUGGAAGAUUGCACUUUCAGCAAGUUAUUGUGGAUGAACUCAAUUCCUCCUAAAGUAACUUUUAUGUUGUGGGAUGCUUUCAAUCAUUCUUUACCUACAAGAGGUAUGUUGCAUCACAGAGGAGUAGAAAUUCCUAGUUCUGCAUGUGUGAUGUAUGGUGCGAUGGACGAGUCUGCAGAUCACCUUUUCUUACACUGUCAAACUACUUUUGAAGUAUGGGAUUACUUCAUUAAGGCCUUCCAUAUUUCUUGGCCUCUAUCAGGUACAGUCCUUCGGUUGUUUCAAGCUUGGGAUAACAACAUUUUGUCAGGAAGGUGCAAGGAAAUAUGGAAUAUUUUCCAUUACGCUUUGUUUUGGAUCAUUUGGGAAGAAAGGAAUAUUAGAGCAUUUUGGGGAAGGAAUAAGUCUGUGUAUGAGCUUAUUAUGCAUAUCAAGCAGACUUUGGUCUUAUGGAGUUGUGAUAAAGAUACUUUUAAAUUCAUUGACAGUGUGCAAAUAUUGCAUAACUGGGAAGCGAUCAUUCAUAUGUAA